GGGCCUAAUUAGCUGGCCCGCAUGGAUUUAGGAUGAUUCAGAGAUUGAAAUCCAUUUGUUCGAAGAGGAUAACAGCUCAAAGACAGAGAUGGAUGGUAGCGCCUACCAAGUGUUUGAGAAAAUGCUCAAGAGAAGAAAGAAAGUAACAAGGAAGAAGAAGAGAUUGACAAGACUUGUUCUAUAUAUUGAAGAUCAGUUGACAUAUAUUUUGAGCCACGAAGAGAGUAGUAACUCAGACAUGUUGGGGAUACAUAUCGAGAACACACUCAAGAGACAAAGAAAUAGUUGGUUGGAGUGGAGCAAAGGGAACUGUCAUUGGGUACACAGUUGGUAAAGGUUAGACAGAAAAUGGAAGAACAAGAGAAAGAAGAAGAGAAUAACAGAGAUUUCAGAGGGCAAGAGUAAGAGAGUGACCUUGAAGCAGAAACACAAGGUCAUAAGAAAGGUGAAGGAGCACCACAAAAGGAAGGAAAAGGAUGCUAAGAAGCUCGGCCAUUGCCGUAAACCAAGAGUAGAGAAAGACGCAAGUAUCCCCAGUGACUGGCCUCUCAAAGAACAUGAGCUCAAGGGCUUAGAGGCUCGACGUGCCCGUGCUCUCGAGGAGAUUGAACAGAAGAAAGUCGCUCGCAAAGAAAGGGCAAAAAGGAGGAAGAGAUGGAUACAAGGUUCAGAGAACUAUGGAUCAUAUACAAGGUCAAAAUGUUGUAAGGAGAUUAAAAUAGGGGUCUGGAGAAACAUGACUAGAAAUUGGCCUUGCCGUGUGAUGAAAGACGCUGCUGAGAAAGGGAACAAGAGUAUGAGUUUGAGACGAUGAUACACAACAAUCAAGCAUUAAACAGAAGACUGCUUCUGCUGAAAGUUGCAGAGAAAAAGAAAAGGAAAACAAGACUAGAGAACUAUAAGAAGAAGGUAACAAGUAUGAACGUGUGUAUGUUGUUCUGGCAUAGGACAGAUGUGGAUUUGCUGUUACUCCUAGUUGAAGAUGUGAACAGGGAGGAAGAAAGUGAUGACGAAGAUCCCUUGAAAAGGGAUGAUGAGCUUAAGGAGAUUGUUGAUGAGUAUUUUGGUAAAGAGUCUGAGCUUGGUGAAGGUGAAAAGUUUUUGAGUUAUUACUUUCUGAAACCGAUGUGUAAGGAGGAAGAUGGAAAAACUAAAACUCAAGUGAUAGAUGAAGCUGAGAUUGAGCUGUUUGAGAAAAAUGAGGAUUUGGUAUUUGGUAUGGACGGAAACUGCAAAUCCACAAAAGGGAUAUCUAUGGCUGUUGUUGACGCCAACGCCGUCAUGAAUGAACAGAGUGUAACCGACUUAGCCGAAAAUUUUGUAACCGUCCCUGAAGUACUCUCGGAGAUUCGCGAUGCUCAACAUCGUCUCAAAUUCAUCUCUUUCACUAUCGAAACCAUGGAACCAUCUCCUGAAUCUCUCAGUAGAUUUAUAAAAUUUGCUAAAGCUAUUGGUGAUUUGCAUACACUCUCUGAUGUUGAUCUUAAGUUGAUUGCUUUGACACACACGUUUGAGGCUGAGGUUCACGGUAUCAAAAAUCUUAGAGAUGUUCCUCCGCCUAUUCAAAUUGUUAGGGUAAAGAGACUACCUGAGAAGGAGUUACCUGGCUUGGGCUUCCAUGUGGCUAACUUGGAAGAGCGGGAGGCACUUGGGAACGAGACGGAGGAGAAAUCAAACACUACUGCCAAAAUUCUUCUUCUUCAAGACACUAACAUGAACAUCAUUCCUUCAGAAAACUGUUAUGAGGCUAGUUCUGUUGCGUCUCAUACUGUGGAUGAGGAAGAAGAAGGUGGGAGGAGGCAGAAGAGGUACCCGCCUAAGAAAACAGAGGUGAAGCUUGAGGGUAAUAUGGUAGUGGAAGGAUUAUAUACAUCACAGGGUGAAAAUGAUGAAGAAGAUGGUGGUAAAUGGAGACAUGCGGUUAGUAGCAGUACUCAUAAAUAUCUCUUCAGGAGAAGAACCAAGUGGGAACAUUACAAUGCCUUGGCUGAGCAAGAAAUUCAGAAAGAUCAAAAGGCUGACAAAGCUGGUUACUUUACCCAGGACACCAAUGAUCAGAUGUCUAAUGACUCUAAAGGAAAGUGUAGCGAAAAGAACGAUGAGGAGCUUUUGUCCAUCUUAAAAGAUAUGAGGUUGGAGGAAGAUUCAUUAAAGGCUCUCCAAGAAGGAACUGAAGAGACAAAUUUUAGCAAUGGCGAGAAUGAUAUUGAGGUCGAAGCUGAGGGGAUUGAUGUUGCUAAUGUGGCUAAUACAGUUCGAGGCUUUAGUUUUCGGUUUGGUGUAGCAACAAAGAUAAUCGAGGCUUGUGCAGACAAUGAACAAAGCCAGUUGUUUGUUGGCAAUAUGGGUUUCAGUGGUGUCAGUAUCUCAAUGUUGAGGAAGAAGAAGAUUUCCACUGGGCAGUGUGUCUGCUUGAUCGAUGACUAUGGUAAUCGAACAAUGCGACCAUGUCUCUCCAGUGGUGUCAAGAUUCUGGCUGAUGAAUUAAUCAAAGCAGACUUCACAGGCUUUAAGUGGUUAGUGUUAAGAUAUGCCGUUCUUAACUUGGAAGUAAUUAAAGUAGCUAUUGGAUUUGCCAAGCAAGAAGGUCUUUCUGUUUCUUUGGAUUUAGCUAGCUUUAAGAUGGCUCCUUACAUUGAAAAGGACUGGGAACUGAACAAAUACAAGGUUGAGAAGAAACUUAAGUUCAAGAUGUGUUCAAGCUUAAGGGAGAGAAUGUUGAAAAUAAGCUUGAAGAAAGCUUGUGGAGCAAGCUAUUCAAAAGAUAUUCGGAAUGUGAAAGAAAUAUGAAAUAUGUUUGUUUAGGAAUUAUCUAAAUAAGUUAAACUACUGAGAUUAUAAAGUUGA